GUCAGCAGCCAGCGAGUGAGCAGCGUCGAGAUUCGAUUUUCGCCUUUGGCUCCUCCGACUUUUCGCUUCGAAUUGCUGCCGGUGAAAAUUAAACUAAGACACACACACACACACAUACAUAUAUUGCAUACAUAUAUACAAUAUGUAUGUAGGAUGCUGCUCAACACUUACGCAACGCAAGCGACAUCUGACGGCACAUUAAGACAACUCUAAACAAACGCUGCACUCGCAAAAAGUUUCGUUCCACAAAAAGAAACAAGAAAAAAAGAAAUUAAAAAAAUAUUUUUAAAAAAUGGCAACCAACAGCAACUCGUCGGCAAACACUUCGCUGGCCACAACGCCGGCAACAACGCCAACCGCGAUGACAACAGCGAAAAGAUUAGGCUACAAUACAUCCUCGCCAUCCUCAACAUCAUCGGUGAUCUGCGAGGAGGUCUUCGAUGAGGCCUGUCUGCCAUCAUCCGACGAGAUUAAUGAUUAUGCGACACUAAUUGGCAUCGAGGCGAUCAAGGAGCCGCAUUUACUAUACCUGGCCAAGGAGGGGCUUAUGGCUGCAUUGCCACCAGAGUGGAAGAUUUGUUAUUCGGAGGAGAAGAGCGGACAUUAUUAUCACAAUACGCGAACGAAGCAGUCGCAGUGGGAUCAUCCGUUGGACGCCGUCUAUCGCGAUCUCGUCGAGCAGACGCGCCAGAAGCUGUUGACGGCAACGGCGGGCGUUGCCACGCCCAUUAUUGAUAAUUCGGAUGAUGUGUCGCAGCUGGACUCGGGUAUACGGAGCAUGCAAGGCACCGAUGACCUGCUCGACGACAUGAGCUCACCCCUGAACAAUGGCAGCACUCAUCUCGCCACCGGAGUGGGUGCAGCCGGGGGAGCAGGAGCAGCAGCUGGAGCCGGCGCGGUAGUGGGAGCUGGAAACAAAUUGAGUUUGGGCACGUUGCCAACGGCAAGCAGCUUUCCGGGUCCAAACGGUUUCAGUGGUGGCGUCAGUCGCUUUCUCGAGUCUCGUGGCAAGAGUUUUGGGCCCAUCUUUCAGCCGGUGAAGAACACACGUUUCGAGGUGGCCAAAACCACCGCACAAAUCAGUCUGGCCAUGAAAUUCGGACAGUCGGCGUUAGGUGGUGGUGUAACGGGCAAUAUGGAGCCAACGCUGGAGCAGCGCAAGGGGGCAUUUCAAUUGUCCGGCACUGGAGCAAUGUUCCUUAAAUCGCGCCGACAAAUGGAGCCAACAGCGGCGGCAUUGGCUGCAUCGGCGGAGGCAGGCAUGUCAGCCACCGGUGUCAAGGGCAUACUACGUGAUUCCAGCCUGACCGAUAUGCGACGGCGUUUCGAGCGGGAUGAGGAGACAUCUGCGCCGGUCGAGGAUAAGAAGAGCGUACGCUUCAAUCUGGUCGAAACGCACACCAUGAGCAGCUCGUCACCUGUCGAGGAGGACGCAAGCACGCCACGCAAGUUGACGCAAAGUCCCGAGCUCUCCAUCAACACCGAUGACGAAGACGACGAUGUCGCCGAAGUGGAGGAUAACGAGGCGAAGGCUCUGGCGGCGUCACACGACGAUGAUGCGGAUGUGGAAGAGGAUGCGGAUGCCGAAGAGGAUGUGGAUGAGAAUGUGGACGACGACGACGAUGAUGAGGAUGAUGAUGACGAUGUCUGGGAUGAGGAUGUGGACGACCCAGAUGCCAUGGUCGGCAUGUGCAGCCUAAAUCCAUUCAUCAGCGAUGCCAACAAAUCCAUACGCAUCAUAAAUUUGCCCAAAGCCCAAACCAUACAGAUGCUAAAGAACUCGUCGUCCGAACUAAAUGCGGAAUCGCAAUCGGGCUCCAUACUGGGCACGAGUGCAGCGAGCAGCUAUCUGGACAAGCUGAAGGAGAGUGCAUCGGUGAAGCCGCUGUAUGAGGACACGGACUCCGAUUCGAAGGGCAGCUCGGUGCGCAGUUUCAUCAUCAAUAAGUCCGAGCAGGACAACAAUCCCUUCGACCUUGACGAGCUGGGACGCAAGCACAGUCACGAGCUGGAGCAACUGCAGCGCAAAUCGGCACAGGCCGCACACGAGAAGCUCGGGCUGCGCUCACUGAAAAUGGCCAGCAAACUGGUGGGUCUGCUCAAGCAGAAACAGGAGCCGGGUGCCAGCGAGAUGCUGAGCGAGGCGGCCGCCUUGCAGCAGCUGCAGCAGGACAUGGAGUGCGUGAAGCGGGAGCACGAGACGCGUCUGAAGAGUUUGCGGCACGAGUACGAUUUGCGUCUGACCUCGCAUCAGCAUCAGCUGGAGGAGGCAUUCGAGCUGCAGCUGGAGGAGUAUCGCCAGCAGUUGGAGCAUCAGCUCCAAUCGAAGCGUGCCCAAGUCGUUAGCGAGCACAAGCAACGGAUGUCCACGCUCCAAUCGAAUCAUUCCGAGCUGCUGCACGAACUGGAACGUGAUCUGCGCUCCGAGCAGGAGAUCUUGCGACGUGAGCAUGCCGCUCAACUGGCCCAGCUGAGGGAUAAGCUCGCCCACGAACUGGAGCUGGAGAAGCAGCGUCUGCGCGACAACGGCGAGGAGCGCCUCUACGAGAAGGUGCGCUGCGAGAAGCGACUGCUCGAGGACAAGUAUCACUGCCUCAAGGAGAAGUAUGUGCGUCUCAAGACCGAUGUAAAAUUGUCGCUGGAGCGACGCAGUCGCCGUCGCGAGACGCAGGCACUGCAACAGCAGCAGCAUGGCCAGCACAAUGUGCACCACACCAAUACGAACACAACAACCGGUUCCGAAACGGAGCGAUCCAUCUCGCAGAAGCCGUCGAUUGGCAACAGCGAGAAUCGUUCGCUCAGCUACUCCGAGCAGGCAACGGCCGGUGUCAGUCAGAGUGGCACGGCAACAGCUGGUACGGCAACGGCCGGCACAACUGGCACAGCCGGUGGCGGUGCUGUUGUUAAGCUGAAGCCACCCGUGCCACCAAAGACACAUCUGAGCAAACCGGGCAUUGCCAGCAAGUAUCUGAAGCAGCUGCAGCUGCAGGAUGAUACAAACACCUCGUUGAGCCAGUCGGACACGACCAUCUCCAAUAAUUAUAGCAAGGGUCGCUAUUUGGCGGCGCCAAAAGCCACAAGCCAACACUCGGCACAGACGGGAGCGACAGGAGGAGCAGGAGGAGGAGGACAAGUGGUAUCCAGUGGCGUGCUGCUCAGCGAUAAUGGUAACUCCGAUUCGGAAGCUGUGGCCCAACACUGCAAUCAGCAGGAGAACAACAACAACAAUAAUAAUAAUAAUAAAUCUUUGGUCGCGUUGCCGCGCAAGAAACUCUUCUCGCGCACCAAGUCGGCGUCGACAUCGCGCCUCAACUCGGACAAUUACAAGCAGCAGCUGGAGCGUCCGUGCACUCCCGUCGAGAAUUUGCGACACCAGCUGCAGAAGCUGGAGGAUCUCGAGGAUCAGUUUCCGGAGCAUACGCUAGAUACGACAUAUCAUCUGCGUUACCCUUUCACGGACAUCUCCAAUGAGCAUGCAGCCGUCGUUGGCUCUGUGGUUGGUUCCGAACUGGAGUUCUUCAAGCAUCGCAUCCAUUUGGAGCGUGACUCGGUGCGACGGGCCAAGGAAUCGUUGCGCACACAGCGCACCAAUUUUCGGGCACGUCAGCGUGAGAUUAAGCAGCGGCACAAGAGCAUCGCACUGGCUGCGCCCAGGCACUCGCUGGAUCAGUUGAUCCAGGAGGAGAAGGAUCUCACCGAAAUGGAGGUGAAUCUGCACCGGACACGUGCUCUGCUCGGCGAGAAGGUGAUUCGUUUGCGGCACUUGGAGCAGAGUCUGUUGCGCAUCUACGAGAAGGAGAAGCCCAGCUUGGAGCUGGAUGCCAAGGAUGAUGCAACCACACUGAGUGAUCUCUCCUCCCAUUCCAGUUCCGGUUUUAGCAGCACUGAUUUCGCAAGCGGUGCCGAUUUGCACAAACGCAAGGAGUACUUCCAGCAGGAGUCGAACGAGUGCAUUCAGAAUCUGGAGAUACUCAAUGCGGAGAUACGUGAAAUUCUCGAUAUACUCGGCCAGAAGCAGCAUCUACAGCAACAGCAGCAGCAGCAACAACAGUCACAGCAAUUGCAGCAGUUGCAUCCACUUCCUCAUCCACAUCCGGCAGCGGCUGCCUUGGCCAUGCCAAUGCCAAUGGCCAUGCCGAUGAUAUCACCGAAUGAGCUGAGCUGGUCGCACAUGCUCAGCCAGCAGUCGUCGCCGGGUGGUGGUUGUGGUGGUGUUGCUGCUGGUGCAGCACUACAGACAAGCAGCUCGGGCCACAGCAUGAGCGGCAGUGCGGUGCAUGCACCACAAUCGAUACCCACACUGGCCGAUCGAUUGGAGACGUAUCGCCAGCUGGCAGCCGGACGCAUGCACAGCUCGAUGGGUGGCGCCAUACUGGCGGCAAAUACGAUCGUCUCGCAGAGUCCGCGUGCGGUCAACUAUACAACCAGCCUGGUGGAGCGCACCAGGGAUCUGCGCAACUGGUUGCGUCAGGCGAAGACGGAGCACGAACUGCUCACCGGCAUGGGUGUGCAGCAGGGUCUUGCCUUGGGCGCUGUGGGGGCUGUGGGUGGUGGCAUUGGUGCACAUUUGACUGCCAAUGGCGCUGCUGGUGGUGGCAUGGUGGCAACUACGCCCGGCAUUGCAGCAGCGGGUGGCUUAACACCGACAGGUGCUGCUGCUGCAGCGGCAGCGGCACAAACUAAUUUGUAAGGCCACAGUUGCAAUCACAAGCCACAAGAGGCACACCUUCCCCGUCACCACGCCCCCUUCGAUAACUAGUCAAAUAUUAUUGUACUUAAAGAUGCCUAGAAAGAAACCAGAAGAAACAGAAGCAUAAUAAGAAGCUGUAUAUAAGCAUUUAGA